GCUCUGUACUGCAUACAAGAGUAUGCAGUACAAGUAUUUUUGACUUUUUACCAUCGGUCAUUGUAAAAAAAAAAAAAAAAAAAAAAAAGCUGUGAAUCGCUAGCUUAACUCGCACUGUUAAAUGAUUGAAAUUAACCUCCUGAGACCCUGCUCCACAUGAGGAGACACUGUAUUUUGUCUUCCCUGCGCCGUAAUAUUUCUUUCUGUUCAAAUUAAGCGGCUUUAACACAGGAUGCGGCACCGGCGCCGCCGCUCUCUGAAACCCAUUCAUGUGUAUUGCUUGUGCCUAGCAGCAAAGGACAAGCUAGCGCAGGUUGUUGAGAUCGUUGGGACCACACACUAGCCGCGGUCAGAGUUCAAAUUUGUUUAACUUUGACCGUUGUGCGCUAACGAGCGGCCGUCUGCACGGAGGGAAACGUGGAGAAAAAGCAGGUUUUGUGUGUCUUUAGAGUCUUUAGGUUGCCAUGACAACACAGAAAGUUUGUAAUUUUUGCAGUCACUUAUUUUGGAAAGCAGUGUUGGGAUAUUUGUUCAAUUAUACCUUUGGUCAUUUUGUCCUAGUAAAAAUAAUUAUUUUUAGUCUAGUUUUUGUUUGAUUUGUUUGUGUUUGUCGAUAAAGUUGUAUGUCAUGUGAUGGUAUGGACGGAAGGUGCAGGGUGGGAGAGAGAGACAGAGAGAUCGGGCGGGUUAAGCGGCCAAUUUUACAUCCGGCCUGUUUUUAUUUGUUUUCUUUUGGUCAUCCAGGCGAACACGGUAAUUAUUAAUUUUAAGAAGUUGUCAGAGAAUACUUUGUUUAGAAAGAAGUGAGACAAAGGUAUUUGUUUAUUGCAGUUUCAAAAUUCAAAUGUGAUAUUGCCAUGUUUGUGUUUAUAGUUUGUUAAUGGUGUACCACCAAGUACUAUUCCUUCUGUGAGGAAUAAACUUUGUGGACAUCAGUAUGAAUCGUGGACUUUUUCAGUGACCAACAGUUAGACCUGAAUUAUAUGACAACUUUGCGGUUGUAUUGAAAGAAGCUUUUGUAAUAGCAAGGACAGUGCAUACGGUCUUCACCUUAGUAUAUGAAGUGCUAUGAGAUGACAUAUGUUGUGAAUUGGCACUAUAUACAUAAAAUUGAAUUUAAUUUAAUAGUGCUGAAGCUCACUGAGCACUGGCAAGGGUCAUGCUACUUAGCAUGGGACAAAUACAUCUUCUUUGAUGCAAAUGAAAGCUUCCAGCUUGAGAGCAUGGUGAGGUCACCCUGUUAGUUUUGAAAACUCUGCAUAUUGUGCUUGCUAGUCCACGACUCUCCAGGAGCUGUGUGCUGAAACCCACGGCGAGCGCAUGGCCGUGUUCUACUAUUACUUAUUGCUGUUCAUAUCACUACUUAUGGCUAUUUAGUAUUCAAAAAAAUGCUUAGUUUUUAUAUUCAUUAGGUCCAACUAAUCCCAAUUAACUACACUUGGUUAAAUCAAAAAUGCAUGGCCCAAAAUAUUAGGGUCUCAGGAGGUUAAAUAAGUACCCUUGUUUGUCUUUAAAGUAUUAGAAUCUAUCACCAAAGAGGUGAAAUGUCAUGCUUUAUCUGUCAGAGUUUUUAAUAGUCUGUAAAUAAUGAUUUAUUACUUGAUUUGUCUAUUUGGUGAUGUUAAUUUAACCCGCAUGGCUAGAGCUAAGCGGACACCUCAAGUUUUGGAGACUCCUUGCAGCCAGGCUUGUCCAGUGAUGGAAUGCGAAGUACAUUUACUCAAGUACUGUGUUUAAGUGGUUAUUUGAGAUACUUGUAAUGUUAAUUCACUUGAAUGUUUCCAUGUCAUGAAACUUUAAAAAAAAAAAAAAAACUUGUGCUUGUCCUCCACUAGAGGCAGAUAUAGUACUUUGUACUCAGUUACAUUUAUAUAGCAUGUAAAUUUAAUUGCUAGUUACUUUUGCUUUGUUUUUGCUUGCCUUUAUUAUGUAAAGCACUUAGUGCUCCAUUUUAUUGCAUGAAAAGUGCUAGGUAAAUCUGAUUGAUAUUCUGAUUUUACAUUUUAGGAAUACUGUUUUUGGCAUUGUGUGAUCAACUAGGAGUUGUCUUUGGGAGUGGCUUAGUUGAAGGGUGCAAGGCCAGCAGAUCAACAGUAGUGGUUGUAAAUGUGGAGAUGCAAAUGGUGUCCUGAAACUCUAUCUAGAAGAAGAAGAAAAGAAGAAAAAGAACCAACCACAGAUCAAGACUAAAAUGGAAAAAACUUUUGCCUAUAGGAGACAGGAAAUCAUUCAAGACAUGCCCUUCAUCGCAGAGUUCCGAGACAGAUGGCCAGCUCUGUUUUCUCAGAGCGAGGUAAAUGCAGAAUUCACCCGCAUCACCUCUGUUUCCCUGCUGUCCACAUUCAUGUCCAAUCUGGAUCAUUACUCGAACCAGCUGAUGAAGGUGUUUAGAAAGAAGGGUGGAGCAGCAGGACACAAAAUAAGCAUGAUCAUGGCAGCCAUGGACAAUAGUCCUACUGUUGAAACACGACGAGAAUGUGUCCUCAAAGCAUUUUGUGUGUACCUCAAUGAAAAUCCUGAAAGCUUCAUAAAGGAGUAUGAGGAUGUUGAACCUGGUGCAAUGAGAGGAAUGGAGCAAAAGGUCAUGGAAAUCUACGUUAUCCGACAUGAGGGAGCAGAGCCCACAGAGCCACCUGAGGAUGUUGGCAUCAUAAUCGAGGGCGUUGAAGUGCUGCAAGAUCUGGGUGAUGUAGCAAAUGGGUGUGCAGUCCUGCUUGGCCUGAUCUACUGUUUAAACCUCAGCUACCCCAAAGACCUGAGAUACACGUUUGAAUUUCUUCAGAAAGUGUUAAUGGAGUUGGAUGGCAAUAGACUUUCCACAAAGGUGCAGGUCCUCAAAAACAGAUUACAUGAGUAAUUCUGCCUGCAAUACACAGCUGACUGAAGUGACUAUUAGAUUUAAAACUAAGAAAACUGUACUGGCACGAGUAGUGCUUCUUUAUCCUGCAACAGGAUUUCUCCACGUUGGGAUGCAAGAGUGUCCAUCCUAAGUGUAUUUUCCUAAGGAGGGAGUUUGUUCUGUCCCCUGCGUCUCCCCCAGAAAAAGACCUUGCCAUGCUCAGAAGUGACUGCUUGAAGUGUGCGUGGACUGCAGCUAUAAACUUGGAAGCUGUUGAUCAUAAAAACUGGUGAAACUGUGAUGGGAGUCACUGGUACUUACAGCUGUUUAUUAUGUUGAGCAUUAUUACAUUUGAUAUGUUUUUUUUUCCUGUUUGUUGUUAACCCUCAAGUGGUGAAUGUUGCUGCAGAGAGGUCGUUCAUCUUUCAAAUAUAACACACAUUUGCCAUUUCUCAGUUUUGAGAAUUAUUAUUUUUUUAAAUCUGAUGUGCAACAUCAAAUUCUAGUAACUGUUAAGAAAGUUUUUGUACAGUUUUUGACAUGGUAAAGAGUGUUAUUCAGGCAUGACUAUGGCACUUUAAAGGAACCAAGAGUAUUGUCAGUUCUUGAAGCUUGAUCAUCAUUUUCACAUUUGUUUUUUUAAAAAAAUCUAAUUUUUUUCUCAUUUUAUUGAAUGUUUUAAGAGCACAACACUGAAUAGUAUAGUUUUGUUUACAUACUGUGUUUAUAUUGGUUUCUUAUUUGCCAUUUCUCAGUUUUGAGAUUUUGUUUUCUUAUGUAAUAUCUCUAAUUGUUGGGUAAUUGUUAAGGUUAUCUCCAAUUAGUUUUUUACAUGUUAAAGACAGUUUUUUUUUUUCCCGGGCAUGACAAGUGCGCUUUAAAGGAACCAAGAGUAUUGUUUUUGAAGCUUGGUCAUUUGUAAAUUUGUCUUUUCUUUUUUUCUCUUUAAUUUAUUUUCUCUAAUUUAUUUUUCUCAAUUUAUUUCAAAGUGUAAAGUGCUAAGCACUGAAUACUAUAGUUUUGUUUACAUUGGUUUCUUAGUUUGUUGCAAGGUAAGUGGGUUUUUUUUUUUUUAUUUGUUUUUUUUCUUCCCCCAAGUCAGUUAGCAUCAAGCUUUACUUCUUAGGACCUGUUUGUUUGGCACAUGCCUUACUGUU